AUGCUGCACCUGGUGUCCAGCCCGGCCGCUGCGCCCAGGCCGGCCCAGCCCACGCACAGCGCUUCCGGACGCAGGCCCCCCCAAACCCCGGGCGCUGCCCGGCAAAAGCCCCUGCCGCAAUGCCUGCGCUCACGCAGGUCCGUGGCUAAAUGCCUGGCAGUGAGCGAAGAUGAAGGAGAGAAGUACACGGCAAAAACUAACUCUGAAUCAGACGAUCCUGAGCAAAGCAAUGGAGGAGAGGUGCCAGAAGCAGAGGAGCCAGCAUCGGCACCCGAGCCUGAGGAAGCCAAGGCCCCAUCAUACAAGUCGCGGCCCAUGGUUCCAUCGGCAGAAGAUGCCCAAAUGUGGAACGAGGAAAGCAGCUAUGGCACCAGUGACGACCACCCUUCAGUUUUUGUCUCAACUGCUGAAGGUGGUAACUGGGCCAGCCUUGAGAAGGAACAAAUAAAAUUGGAGCUGCUGGAGAAGGUGGCGAGCCUGGACCGCGGAUUCGCAGUCACUCCACGCAGGGAUGCCAGCGUGCGAGAGGUGGUGGAGAAGCUGGAGACGCUGUGCGGCUCCGUGUCGUUGUCCCCUUACGCCGGCCCUGGCUCUGAGGUCAGCGACCAGAUGGACCUGCUGGGGGGAGUCUGGAGGCUGCUGUACUCCAGCGGUUUCAACAGGGGCAACCUGGGGGGCACCAGGCCCGGGCCUCUGAUCGGCCAGCUGGCGGUCACGCCCUUUACAGUGGGCCAGAUCUUCCAAAGGGUGGAUGUCAUGGCGGCGGACCUGGACAACAUCGUGGACUUCAACUACAAUGGCCUGCGGCUGCCUUGGCUGUCAUCAAUCGACACGCCUGCUGUGCGGCUCACCUUGAAACACAAGUUUGAAGUGCAGGGCGUCAGCACGCUGAAAGUGUCCUUCAUGAGCUCGAUGGUCGAGAUCCUGAACAGUGGCUUCGACAUCCCGACUGUGGAAUCCCCGCCCCUCCCAGACGUCGUUCGCAACGCCAUUGGACCACGGGCGGACGCCGAGUUCACCGUCAUCUUCGUGGACGACACGCUACGCAUCACCGAAGGGGAUCGUGGCGAAUUGCGGAUCUUCGUGCGUGACGCAAUGUCGGUUCUCAUCUGA